AUGAGAUAUUUAAAAGGCAUUGACGCUACCUAUUUUGUCAUUUGCAAGGCAGAGCACGAACAGGGGAUGGACGUGGUUGUUGACGAUGACGAUGACGACGACGAUGAUGAGUAUGGCAUUUUCGGCAUCAAUCCGAUAGAAGGCCAGGGCCAUCUGCUCAAUAAAUACAGCGCUCUGACUGCCAGCUGUGACUUCCAGGGUUCGAACUUGUCCGAUUUCGAGUACGCUGGGACUGACCGCAACUGUUCAUGA